AAUUUUAUCUAUAAAGUAUUGGGAGACCUUACGUAUUGAAUUGGAUGUUGAAAUAUGUACCGCUUGGGCGACUUAUAGACCGAAUAAAUAAAGUAUUCGAUGACUUUAAAUGGAAGGUGAGUAGAGAGCGUCGACUAUUCCAUGAGCAAACUGACUACACUUAUCUCCAAAAUAAUUCAGAUAAUAAGAUGAACGAGGGUGAUACGAAAAAAGUGAAGAAAGCUUUAGGUGUACUAGACUUAUUGUUGCUAGCUGAAAAAGAAGGCCAAAUUGAUGAAAUAGGCGUGUGUGAGGAAUUUUUGACUAUGAUCACAGCGGGUUUCGAAACAACAGGUAUGACGAUCUGCUAUUUGUUAACUUUACUAGCAGAAAAUAAAGAAGCACAGAAUUUGGCUAGAACUGAAGUACGCGAAGUCUUGGGUGAUUAUACUGGUCCUUUGACAAUGGAACACCUGAAAAAGAUGGACUACCUUGGACGUUGUGUAAAAGAAUCAUUGCGAAUACUUCCCACCGUGCCACUUUUUGCUCGUUUGAUAAGCGACGAAGUAGAACUAAGUAAUUACCGAAUUCCACCGGGAUCAGAAGUAGUGGUCAGUGUCUUCGAUGUUCAUAGGGAUCCUCAAUUUUGGCCAGAGCCAGAAAAGUUUGACCCAGACAGAUUUUUAUCGGACAAUUUAAAAAAUCAACAUCCUUUUGCAUAUAUACCUUUCAGCGGCGGAAUGCGCUCAUGUAUCGGACAAAAAUUUGCUUUGUUGGAAGUGAAAACUGUGACCGCUCAAAUCCUGCGCGACUUUUACUUGGAACCUAUUGAUGCUAGCAAAGACUUCAAGUUUUUAAUGAGUAUAACAUUAAAAGUUGACGAUCUUCAUUUGAAAUUUAUUAAAAUUAAUAGCUAAUAAAUUAUUUUAUUGAUCUUAUAAUAACACUUGAAACUAUUGUGAUUUUCAAAAUAUUUGCAAAAUCGAAUUUCAUAUCUUUGAUUUCGCAUUUUUUACUAUCAUAUUUUACAUUUAAAAAGCUAGAUAUUAGUUAUCAACACAAUAACCCUGAAGCUGAUGAAUAGCAAUAUUCUGUAU